AUGGCCGAAGAAUCGAUCGACAGUGGCGUAUCAAGCGAGCACUCCCAAUACGCACCGGAGCGUCAAACCGCUGCCGAUCCUGAAUUGUUUGACUUGACAUGCACCCAACUUACACCUUGUGCGUCCAAUAUACAAGUCACGAAGGGCGAUUAUGGGUUUAGAUCAUCCCAUCGUACUUCACUCGUGGCUUCGCAUCUUCACAAGGAUACCAGUCCAUCGAAGGAUUUCUAUAGAAAACAACAACAACAACAAAUUUCCAAAAAUCCUAGUCUAUUUUGGCCAUUGGCCGAAACUCAAUCGAAUUCGUUCGGUUCUACGGCCGAUUGUGCGAUCUCGGACUGCGCCGAAUCGCAUCGACCGUGCUGGAUCUCCCAGAGUGGACCACCGACACCACGAAGCAGACAUCGACCAGUCGUGGACUGGUGUUCCCCUGUCAUUAUGGCCUCGAAUCCAUUGGGUCAUAAAUCCACCCAUCCACUGCAAUCCCAGGAGCAGGCUUCUACAUCCGGUUCUUCCGGUCCACGUGGCAGUGGCAAUCCCAGAUUUGUGCAUUUCGCUCACGAGCAUGCCUCUGUCGACUCGAACGGUGGAUCGAGUGCGGGUAGAACGGAAUUUUCCGGCCCGAAUGUGACGACUGGAACUCAGCAUGAGACUAACCGACGUCUGGCAACUGCGGAGUUUGACACAGCUCGACCGCCCCUGUUACGGAACUAUUCGACGCGGGAUUAUGCCUAUUUAGGUCAGUUACACUCGACCACUGUUCCAUCUCAGUUACAACAGCCAACAUCACAACAACAACAGCAACAGCCAGCUCAGACAUUAUGGCAACAAUCUGCCAAUUAUGCCGGACCUGGGAGAAGUUUCGUUCCUCAAACCCAUGCAGCAGCUGUUGCUAACAGGUCUACUGAUACCACCGCUGCUGCAGCCGCAGCGGCUGCAGCGGCUGCAGCUGCAGCCCUAUUGGAUCCACAGUCUUUAGGGUCAAGCCAAAUAAAACCAAAUCUAGCCAUUCCCCGAUCUCUCAGUUCAAAUCAGUUCCCCACACAUUAUAGUACCAGUUUGCCAGUAACUGGAGCUGUGUGUACUCCCACCGAGUCAGUGCAAACAGCGCCAAGUGGACUAUCACAACAACGUCAGUUACUAUCCGCUCUGCUUAGUGCAGCUGCUGCAGCAGCUGCCACAGCCAAGUCUCAUUCUGGCUUGGAUGGAACACGUGGUGCACAGACAAGCUUANGACCCAGCGUGCCACAACUACACAAGCGAGUGCAUCCGCUAGACGGGACGCUCUAA